AUUCAUAUUUGUGACAAGAAGAAAAAUGUCAUAAUAAUUUAUUUAUUGUCAUUUCUAACCCAGUUUCGCAUUAAUAUGAUUCUAUCAUGGUCCUCUUUCAACAAUAUACGGAUGCUAUUAAUGGCAUGCAUGCCUAUAGUGAUAUUUUAUUUGAUAUGGCUUAUCAAUACUUCGGAAGGCAUACGAAGUGAGGAAGGGACACUUCUUGAUCUCGUAUGCUGGCCUGAUGGUAAUGCAAUACCUGUAAUUAUUACGUGUGGAUCCAUGAUCGCUGUUGUGAUAGAGUUAUAUGGAUUGUAUCAACUAUUCAAAGCAGGAUUGCCAAAACGACAAUACAACGUGACGAAUGGACUAUUUUAUUACGUUUGGUCGCUUAUUAUAAUUAUUAUUAUAUUUCUUGCUAUUAUGUUUUAUUCCGGAUUGCAGUCAACUAUAAUAAGAGCGAAAAUAAAAGGCGGUAUUACAAAAGCGAUGCUCCGUUAUGCAAGCCACUUGCCUUCGAAGAUUGCAAUAGAUCGGCUGCAAACUAGAUUUCAGUGCUGUGGUCGCGUUAGCUAUCAGGAGUGGUUUUACAUUCCCUGGUAUAGUGCAGGACAGAGCACAGAUACUUCGACGGUUCGGAAGUUCGUAGCAGACAACGUUCCAUACAGCUGCUGCUCGAGAUAUGUGAUGUGGCCGUGUAUUCACCAUGGCAUCAUGCAGAAGGGCAUCAUUUAUAAAUACGAACCGCCGAUGUUAACAAUUUGGGAGGCAGGAUGCGAAGAAAAGCUGAUAAAUGAGAUGAUGGCAGUGUCAUGGCGGUUCAACGCAGUAAUGUCUCUCAUAAUAAUGGCGAUGACUCUACAAGUUGUAGCAGUGAGAUAUCUCCACACUGCUUACCGGAGCGGCCUGAACGUAGAAAACCAGAUUACAUGCAACGCGUACUUGUUGCGGUCAAGUGUCAAUACUAAGAUUCAGCCAGGCAAAAAGAAAGUGUUACGUAAGAAGAAGAUGCGCAAAGCACGAACUCUGCAGUGGGUGACAGCGACGUAUAGAAGCAAACGGCGCUAUGUCACAUCCUCGCAAUCUGAUUUCAAUAGUUCUGAUGAGUUACUAAAGCCUAUAUAUGAAUAAUCUUAUUUCCAUUUAAUGAUUAUUCACAAGAGAUCUCUUUCAAUGACAUCUUUAGCGGUGGCCGGUGAUAUUAAAAAUAUAAUUGUUUGAAAUAAUGCCAAGCAGAUGUCCCGAUGUAGAACAUGCCUGGUAACAUGGAAUUGCUCCAGCUGACAAAUGUGAAAUCUUAAUCAAAGAAUAUGUAAUAGCCGACAAUGUUGUCGUGUUUAGGACUAUAAAUUCAAAAUUGAAGUACCUAAACCACUGACCUCUACUAUAUACCACUGGACUGGCGGCUGUCAGAGUGCUUUUGUGCCUGUUUGAUAUUCGCCAUUUUGGCGCUGUUGGCCAUGUAGCGAGAGUCUGCGGUACUAAAACUAGUGAUGACAACAAAUUUUUUACUUUAUUACGUUGAUUCUUGAAGCAUAAAUAACACGGAAAACGAAAGAAAUUAAUCCAAAAUGCAAAAAUACUUUAGAGUAUUGUACGUUCCUUCGCAGCUAUUUGUAUUAUACGUCAAAAUUAGUUCUCUGGACGCUCGCAAGUGGCGCUUCAAAUAGGCACAAAAUAUUUGCUGUCAAAUAUAUGGAACAGCCUAGCGAAGCUCUCUAAGAAACAAGCGAUUCACUCGAUUGUAUGAAACAUGAAACGUGCAGUCAUUGAUAGAUUGACAGAUGACGGAUAUAAUCUUGUAAAAAACGGAGAUAGCCGAAAUCCAUUACGUUUUUAUUAUGCAACUGUUUGCUUUCAAACUUAGCCGGAUUACACUUCGUCGCCAAUCGCUAUACCGUAAUUACUAGUAUUUUAAACCUAUGUCAAAUGAUUGCACGUUUCA